UCUUCAGAUAUAAUAUGCCAACACGUAAUAUAGAAUGAGAAUUUCAGAAACUGCAUUGUAAAAGAAUAAUUUAGUAUACCUUUUUUAAGCACUGCAGAAAAAAAAGGUAUAAACAUAAUUCGCUUUAUUAACAACAGUAGCGAUUUUUGAUCUUUUAACAGACCAUUUUAUAUCAGGUAUGUUGCAAAUAGUCUUUAAGUUUUUAUGAAUUAAUUGAAGUACUUCAGAGAUUUCAGAAAUCAAACAUGCAAGUAUACAAACACUCUAAUCUUCUUCGCAGUAUCAACUGUGCUAAUAAAAUGCGUUUGUUUUCGAUUUCGAUUCGAGAUGUGUGUGCCAUAUUUGGCUUUGCAACAACUCACAACUUGAAACAGAUGCAAACACACCUGUAGCAGGUGCGCUUACAACAUCGAAAAAUUAUGGCCUUUCUUGGUUGCCUUGUGCAAAGGUUUGGUUGCUGGAGAUGCAAUUGAUAUAACUUCCAUAUCUCUGUAAACUCAAAGAAAAUGUUUCCAAUUAUGAAAGCCGUCAGCGGUGCAAUUGAUGAGCACCUGCACUUGUUAUUGCAACUCCUUCUAAUAUUACUGGUGCAGGAAAUGAUUAUUGUUGUAAGAGCAUGGAUGCACCAUGUUCGAGAACUCUUUCUGCAAAAUUCUGUGCACGUCCGAGGUUAGAGAAAAAGAGACGUCCCGUGACUUUCUUCCAAUCUCAAGGUUUUACAGAUUUUUAUGCUGUUAUCAGCAGAGGAAGCAGUUCUCCCGCUCUUGAAAGUAUGGGAAAUAUUCAAAUCUUGUGUCCAAAGUCUUGCUGUUGCUGUCCAAAUCAUUUUCUGCAAGAAAAAUGAAGAGGUUCUCUGAUUGAAAAUAACCGCGCAAAAAACUUCUCUUGUUGUUUUUAAUGAUUAAGAAUGUUUUUAUUGUUAAAAACUGACAUUUUAAUAUAUUUUUGUUAAUGAAUUAAAUUCUAAUUUUAAAAUAUACUUUAAUAAAAUUUUCAGGGUUAGUAGUUUAUUGAUGCUUAAUAUAUUUUGCAUUAGUAGAGUAGAUACAAGUUUUAUUUAUAAUUAAAAAUAUUUGAUUCUUGUCAUGAAUCUAUUAUUAUUAAAUAAUUAAUAUUUUUUAA